AUGGCCAACUACGGCGACAAAACACACGAUGCUAUAGCGAAUAAUGCAGUCAAUGGUGAAAUUGCAGAAUCACCCAUCGACAGGAUUGCAAAGCUGUUAACUGGCGACAAGAAGGUCAAAGUGGCCGGUAUCGACUGCGAUGGCAUCCUCCGCGGCAAGAUUAUCCACAAGACCAAGUUCUUGUCCAGCCUCGAGUCUGGGUUCGGUAUGAGCUCGGCCAUUUUUGGCUGGGACAUGCACGAUGUUCUCUACACUGAAGAGACAGGCCUGACAAGCGCCGACAGCGGCUAUCAAGACUUCACGGCUGUGAUCGACCUGAAUUCUUUCAGGCGGCUGCCGUUUGAGGAUAACAUAGCCUUCUUUCUCCUCCACUUCUACAUCCAAGACAAGCCAGUCUUUGCCGAUGGCCGCGGUCUGGUAAAGGCCUUGACAAACAACUUGGCUGACUCUGGUUACAAAGGACUGGCUGGUGUGGAGCUAGAAUUCCUGAACUUUCAGACACCGUCACAAGAUGGCUACAGCAACUCGGCCGACCGAUCAAACCUCGCGGCGUUCCUCGCCAAUAACGCUCCCAAAGCCCUUCGUCCUGUGACAGCUGGUGCGUUUGGCUACAGCGCGACAAGGCCUAUCAUGGCGAAGCAAUACUUCCACGACAUCUUCGACCAGAGCCUAGAGAUCGAAUGUCCCAUCGAGGGCUGGCACACCGAGAGCGGGCCAUGCGUCUACGAAGCAGCCCUAGCUGUUUCGCAGUUGUCACACAUGGCUGACAACGUCGCCCUAUUUAAGUCCGUCUUCUCCGCCAACGCUGUAAAGUCCACUGGACUGACAUAUCUGAGCAGGCUAGUUUGCAAAUCGGUCGGCGUCCAACACAAUAUCACACCGUGCUUUAUGGCGAAACCUAUUCAGGGCUUACCUGGAAACUCUGGUCAUAUACACGUGUCUCUGACAACAAAGGAGGGCCAAAAUGUCUUUGUUCGAGAGACACCCGAUGUCGACCCACGAUGGCCCGACAUGGCCAACCUCUCCGACACAGGCCGCCAUUUCCUGGCUGGCAUCAUCAGUGCCCUGCCUGAUAUCAUGCCCCUUCUCGCACCGAAUGUCAACUCUUACAAGCGCUUGGUUGAGAACUACUGGGCACCUGUAUCUGUGAGCUGGGGCUUUGAGGAUCGUCUCGCGUCUAUCCGCCUGGUAGCGCCACCUAGCUGCAAGCCCUCUGCAACACGCUUUGAGAUCCGCGUUCCCGGUGCAGACAUCCACCCCCACUAUGCUCUCAGCGCCAUCUUCUACGCGGGGCUGCGUGGCAUCAAGAACAAGAUGCAGAUCACUAUCCCACCAGAGUCGGCGCGGCCUAAAGAAACUCCUGCCGAGCGGCUUCCCAACACCCUUGAGGCGGCUCUCGGCCGUUUCAGUGCAAAGGACUCGGUGGCUCGACAGAUCUUGGGCGACGAGUUUGUUGACUUUUUCACAGUUUCGCGACGCCAUGAGUUGAGGCAGUGGAGAGAAGCUGUCACGGAUUGGGAAUUUUCUCGCUACAUUGAGACUGUGUAG